GCACGCAGGCAGCGAGCGAGGACGGAGCUCGGGCUGUCUGUCCCGUGACCGCACGUUGAGGCGGUGGGGGACGAGGGAUGUGAGAGCUUCAGAGAUUAGGGGGAAGAGGGAGAGAGAGAGAGAGAAAAAAUAAAUAUAUAUAUCCCUCUCUUACGUCACCCAACCCAAAAAAAAAAUAAUUUAUUAUUAUAUAUAAAACGUAUAGAUAUAUUAGAAAGAAAGCGGUGCGCGCGCGCGCGUGUGUUUUUUUCGGAGGGGGAAGAUGUCGGAGAUAGCGGCGGCCGCGACGGCGGACAAGGCCUGCGGCGGCGGGCAGGCCCCCGGGGCCGGGGCCGGGGAGAAGAAGCCGCUGAAGCCGUGUUGCGCCUGUCCCGACACCAAGAAAGUCAGGGACGCCUGUAUAAUUGAGAAAGGAGAGGAAAACUGCAGAGACCUUAUUGAAGCUCACAAGGAUUGUAUGAGGGCACUGGGAUUCAAGAUCUGAGAGGGCUUAAUUUGAGUGUGUGAUUUUGUCUUUAGGUAAACUCAGGUGAUGCUUUGCCUGAAGCUGAAUGAAGAUGAGAGGAAUAUGGAUGGAUUAAGUUAUUUGCAAACUGGGAGUUAUUGUAGAAGUGAAGUCUUACCACUGUCACUAAAACUGGAAAGUCGUCUUCAGUGAUUCCAGAAGUCAGACAAACUGAUAUUUCUGCAAUCUUUUGUUCACUCUUAUAUAAAAUCAUUGUUAUUUUGAAAUUUAUGAGAAUUUAUUGUUCUUUAAUAAAAACCUGAAAAUA